CCUUUAAAAUCUGGAUCUAAAAUGUAGAGUGGAUAUUUUAACCCUAAAAGCCACAGGUUGAGAGAGGAAAAAUGCCCUGUCCCCACACAAAAGCAGCUCUCCCAUUCAAAGCCAAGGCAUUCACCCUCACCAGUUGCUGGCAGCACAGUGCUGUUACAUGGCAGAGAGAGAGAAAUGCUGCGUAGCUGCUUUGCAAAAGGCUUUAGAGCGUCUGGAGGAAGAGGAGAAGGAAGUGGGAGCCAUUGGGGAGAAAGGGGGGCCUGCAAGUCUCAAAGGCUCGUGUGAAUCCUUCCGUCUCUCACCUCUUUGCCUGGAGGCCUUCCCUGAAAGCUCCCUGUCCUCAUCAUGUCACUGGAAGAGGAGCGGAGAGUUCAGAUUGAAGAAGCCCUGGCAUGGUUGAGGAGAGAACUGAUUCCCAGGCUGUGCUAUUUCCAGGAUCAGAAGAAUAUUCCCCUGACCCUCAGGGCAGAGCCAAGAGAGCGCAGCAAGUUAGAGAACAUAAUAUUGGCAAAAUGUUCUACAUGCAACUGCUGAUGGAUAAGCGUGGGCCUUUGGCCAAGAUAUGGCUGGCUGCUCACUGGGACAAGAAAGUAACAAAAGCUCAUAUAUUUGAGUGCAAUUUAGAGACUACUAUUGAAAAGAUACUUUCUCCAAAGUGUGCAAUUGCUCUGAGAACCUCAGGACAUCUAUUAUUAGGAGUGGUACGCAUCUAUCAUAGAAAAACCAAGUACCUUUUGGCUGACUGCAAUGAAGCUCUACUUAAAAUGCAGGCAACCUUUCGUCCAGGACUUGUUGAUCUCCCAAAAGAGAACUGUGAGGCGAAUUAUGAUGCUAUUACAUUGCCCGAAGAGUUUCAUGAUUUUGAGACACAGCUCCCUGAGGUGAAUGCCAUUGAUGUUGCCCAACAUUUUACACUGAACCAGAGCAGAGUUGAAGACAUCACUCUAAUGGAAGAGGAUUUUCGACUUCCUCAUAGUGGCAGUUUUGGUGAAGAAAUUGAAAUACCAAGACAAAGCAGCUUCUUAAAUGACAGCUUAUUGACUGGUUCUGGUGGUUUCUUGCUUGACCGCAGUUUUUUGAGCUUCUCUGGAGACAAAAUUGCAUUGAAUGAAGAGGAAUCUAUCUUAAAGCAUGAUGGAUUUGGAGAUGAAGGGGCUGUUGAAGAUAUGAUUAACAGUGUGCUUGGAGGAGAGCAGCAUAGCCUAAUUGAGCUCUUUGGCCCAGAGGAAGAAAUUCCUUUAAUUUCAACACCUCCAACUGAUGAUAUAGCAGAUCAUCCCAUACCUGUCCAGGAAGCUAUAAGUCCCCAAGUAAAUGAAACAACACUGUUUUCCAAUGAAGAAGAAGGUUUUGUGCUUGAACCAAUUGAUGAAACAGAUCUCAAAAGGAAGCAAAGAAGUAAAAGAAAAAGGAAGUUGCUUGUUGAUGCAAUGAAAGGGUUAAGCAGCACAACUAUAAAAAACCAACUUAUGAACUACAAAGAUACUGUAACUACACUGGAUAUUGCACCUCCAACAAGGAAACUGAUGAUUUUACAGGAGCGGGGUGGUGUGAAUAAACUCCUGGAAAGAUCUACCCAGCCUUUAAUUCACGAACAUUUGCUAAUGCUGUUUGGAAGAAGUCUCAGGAAUGGAAGAAAAACGUUGCAGCAAGAGGCUGAAAUAGAAGAAAGAAGCAAAGAACAAAGUAUCAGAGAGUCAGCAGCAGAAGUUUCAAAUAAUUUGCAGGACUUGGUUCACCAGGAAAUUCAACCAGUUUUGGAAAAUGGAAUAGAUGAAAGAAAUAAUGCUAUACAUUUUGAAACUACAGAAAUCAUGUCUGCUCUGUCCAGCGGUUCUUUCAUGGACUCCUCUGUAAGACAACAAACUGAGAUGAAGCAAACGGCUCUGAAGGAUGAAUCUCAAGAGAGCAACACAGAAAAUGAAGAAAAAAAGAGGCAGAAGAGGACUCUAUUGCUUUUGGAAAAUUUGCGGCAUAUUGACCAGACAGGAGCAAAGUCUUUUAGCCUUCUGGCUCUCUGCAAAGACAACAACAGUAAAGAAGUUGCAAGCAAGUUCUACAGUCUUCUUGAUCUAAAGAAACACCAAGCUGUUAAUGUGGCUCAGUCUGCUCCCUAUGCUGACAUUAUAGUGACCAAGGGUACAAUGUUCCAUACUCUCUAGGAUGGAAUGCUCUCCACUGAAUUGUAGGCUUCUCUAAAUGAUAACUGAGCUCUUCUGUUUUAAAAACAUUCUAGAGUGAAAUCAUUUAUUUCCAUCUCUCUUCUGUUACUAAUAGGUCUGUAGAUGUCAUGCCUUAAGAAUGGAAACAAAUACACACAAAUAUUUCAACAGUAUAAAAAUUUGCUUAACAAGCCCCUCUAGAAUUCAAGUUGCAAGUUAAGAGAAAUGCUUAUUUUUAAGAAGUGUUCAGCCUUAAAUCUUUUGUGUUGGCUACCUGUUUUUUCCUACUUUUCAGAAAGGAUAUAACUCCAUUUGGCUCAUUUUGUACAAUAUUUUUGUGUAUUGUUCAUAUACUUAGCUAAUAUAGUCUGAUAUGAAAAGGUAGAUAAGACAUGUAUUGAGCAAACAUCUGUAAAUCUUGGAAGAUUGUAGUCUUGAACUGGCCUUUUUUACUGUACUAACAAUGUUCGACAUAGUGUUUGGUCUGAACGAUGCAUAGUGCAGAGAUUAGAUGCAUUUUUCGAAGCACAACUUGUUUCCUACAGCCCCAAACAUUGAUCCAUGUCUGCCCAACCUCUGCAAUAGCUCUGCAUUGAUGACACGAGAAUGUGUCAAGGGAAGUGUUAUUAUUUCCUCGCUCAAUUCCUAAUUGGGUGGCAGAGAACUUGAAAAAUAUGAAAGAUAAACUAGUAUCCAGCACAUUCAAAGACAGUGGAGAGGGAUUAUGUUUUCCAGCAAGUUGAAUGGUGUCUGAUACAGCCAUUAUUGAUUAUAGUGUAAACUCUUAUUUUCUCUCUUUUGGUGUCUUUGGUCUGACAGCAUUUGUAUAUUUUUGAAGCACUGAAAAAAAUGGAAAAAUAUAUUUAACCCGAGAGAUGAUAUUGGGCAAGAAAAACUAAAAUUACAUACAAGUAAAACUAAAAUUAACCUCUGAUUUUAGGUUAAUUUUUUUAUAAUGGGUUUAAAAUGGGUUAAAUUACGUGUUCUAUUUAAAAUGCAUAGUUAAAUGCAAUGUUCUAUUUAUUUUUACUUCUUUCUUUUUCUAAGAUUUUUCCGACAUAUUUAUUCAAUUAAAAUAAUGUGUUUUUAAUCCA